AAUAUCGCUCCUUUUUAGCAGGUACGUAAACCCUAAGACUUCGGGCACUCGAUCUACCUUGCAAUAUAUUCCAAUCGCAUGCUGCAACCAUAUGCCCAUGGAGAAUUGAUGAAAGGUGGUUUUGCACUGGGCGGGCGCUGAGUGGUCGCAAGUUGGGAGAGAAGCCGAGCAGCGUCGGCAAACGGGGCAAGUCAGCCGAGAGGCUACCUGGCGCUCCAGCUCUCGAGCUUCGUCACCAGCAGAGACACUCUUGUUCAAGCACAACACACCCGCAUAGCGACAAUGAAGUUCUCAAGCGCAAUUGUACUGCCGCUACUGUCGCUCGGCUCAGGCCUUGCUGCUGCUGCCGCCUCAUGGAGUUUCGAGGACGCAACUCUCAGCAUUUCCAGCAAGGGUGCUGGAGUCGGUGGUGCCCUCAAGGAGAAACUCUCUCCUGUCUCGCGCCUGAACAAACAAGUCAAGCUUGGCCCUACCGAUUCGUUGAAGCUGGUCAUGACCACUACCGAGGACAAGACAGCAAAGAGACCUCACCAGGCCUUCUUGACUCUGCACGAACCCAAGACUGGUCUUGAGGAGUCAUUCGUCUUCAAUGUUAAGGAGAGUGGCAAGGCCAAGGUCGAGCUGUCGCAAAAGGACCUCCCCUUCCAAUUCCUUACCGCCAGCGCUCCCAUCCAGGCCAAGCUCUUGAUCGCCUCGUUUGGCUCAUCUGACGCCUACUACACCCACGCCUUCGACUUGACUAUCAGCCGCGACCCCAAUGUACCCCUCAGCACUCCCGAAGCUCCUCUCCGUUACGGCAAGCUAUCCGAGAUCAACCACAUCUUCCGUAGCGACCCCAAGUCUCCUCCCACGAUCCUCUCUGGCGUCUUCACUCUUGCAAUCCUGGCCUGCUUGCCCGCUCUUGUCGGUGGAUGGUUGUUCCUGGGUGCAAACUUCAGCCACCUCUCCAAGGCCAUGAAUGCUGCUCCCGUCUCACACGCCCUCUUCUUCGGAAGCAUUGUCGCCAUGGAGUUCGUCUUCUUCCUGUACUACUCCUCUUGGACACUUUUCCAGAUCCUGCCUCCCGCUGGUCUUAUCGGCACUGUCGCCUUCCUGAGUGGCAGCAAGGCCCUUGGCGAAGUUCAGCAGCGUAGAUUGGCUGGCCUGAGAUAGAGUCGCAUUGUUGGAAACAAAAGCUCAUGAGAGGUCGGCAACCUCCCAGUCAUGCCGAAUCAUACAUUUAGAGACCACACCAAAUGUCAAAAUUACUCCGAUCGAUUCAAUACCCUUACACACG